AAACAAAUUUUAUUAUCUUGAUAAAAUAUGUGUUCAUAACUUACCUUAAAACACUGGGAAUCGAGAUUCUUUUAUAAAAAUGGAUCCGGCUCUACUACGGGAACGGGAGGCUUUUAAGAAAAAGGCACUUGCAACUCCAACUGUUGAGAAGAAAAAAACAAAGGAUGACUCUCAAUUCAAAGAUGACAGCAAAAAGAAAUCCAAAUCAUCGAGUUCAGUCAGCGCUGGACCAAAGCUGGAUGCCACCAAUUAUAAAACAAUGGUGGGUAGCUCCAGCUACCGCUUCGGAGUGCUGGCCCGUAUAGUGAGACACAUGCGGGCGAGACACCAGGAAGGUGACGACCACCCUUUGACCUUAGAUGAAGUGCUGGACGAAACCAAUCAACUGGAUGUUGGGAAUAAAGUGAAGCAGUGGUUGCAAUCAGAAGCCUUACAAAACAAUCCUAAAAUUGAAUGUACACAGGAUGGAAAAUAUAUUUUUAAACCUGUUUACAAAAUCAAAGACAAGAAAUCACUGCUCAGAUUACUGAAACAACAAGAUCUGAAGGGUCUGGGCGGGAUCUUAUUAGAGGAUGUACAGGAAUCAUUGCCACACUGUGAGAGGGCUCUGAAGAGUUUAGCCCAAGAAAUAUUGUACAUAACUAGACCCACUGAUAAGAAAAAGAUAUUAUUUUAUAAUGACAAAACUGCAACCCUAGAUGUAGAUGACGAGUUUGUGAAAUUAUGGCGCGCCACAGCCGUAGAUGCUAUGGACGACGCAAAAAUUGAAGAAUACUUGGAGAAACAGGGUAUCAAGUCAAUGCAAGACCAUGGACCUAGGAAACCUAUAGCCCCAAAAAGGAAGAAGGCGGCACAAAAACGAAGACAGUUUAAGAAACCGCGUGAUAACGAGCACUUGGCAGAUGUUCUUGAGACUUACGAGGAUAAUACGUUAACACAAAAAGGUGUUAGCAUUAAAUAAAAAGUGAUUGUAAUA